AUGCCUGCUAACAGAAUAAAAUUUCUUAAAGCUAUGAUAACAACAUCAAAUACAAACGGAUUGUUUUCUCCACUUUGGGAAGCAUUGAAAAUAAUGAGCUUAAAGUAUGAUUUUCGAAUGUAUGUUGAACGUACAGGGUCUGAGCAAGGACAUUUGUUUUUGGAGAAAAUACCAAAGAAAGAAGUUGUUUACGACGAUGGGCACGUACGCCAUCUUUCUAACCCACUUUCCAGAGAGAGCAAACCAGAAUCAUGCGCAAUAUCCAAAGGACAGAAGAAGAAGGAAAAAAAGAAACGCAAUAAAAAGAAUUUUAUGCAAACAGUUAGAGAACAAUUGGAUUCGAUAACGCCUGUAUUUGUUAAGAAUUCAUUGAAAUCGAUUUUCGACUUUGUCGAAGAUGAGGCACAGGCUAGUUUGCCGUUUGACAGCUUGUCGCGAGUCCAGGCGGAGUUUAUAUAUAAUUUAAAUGGUAUUUUAAAGCGAAAAGACGCAAUGCAGGAACUAUUCUCCCCAGUUUCUAAUAUAUUAUGGAAGAAAAUACAUGAUACGUUGCAAGCAUCUCAUUUUAAACUAGAAAUGUCCAGCAUCAAUGUUGAUCCUGAUACACGUAGGAGAAAUGAAAGUACAGACUCUGACAUUGAAAAUGAGAGUCCUCCGAAUAUGGAGAGAGAUGUAUCCGAUGUUAACAGGUUGAAAUUAUUGCAAUCCAUAGAAAAUUGUGUAAAGAAAGACUCAACACACCAAUCAGCACAUAUUAAUAGCGUUAAUAGCGGUAAUAUGCUUCUAGCAAGUAAGAACUUACUUAACGAAUCAACGAAUAGCAGGGAAUUAGAACUAAAUAAUACGAAACCAGUAACAAAUACUAAAGAGCCAAUAAUAGAUAAGAAAUCAGCAACAAAUAAAGAACCAGCAACAAAUAAAGAAACAGCAACAAAUAAAGAAACAGCAACAAAUAAAGAAACAGCAACAAAUAAAGAAACAGCAACAAAUAAAGAACCAGCAACAAAUAGAAAACCAGCAUUAACUAGUAAUCCAGUUCUAGAUAAAGAAUCCGUGAUUGAUAAUAUUGAUAGAGAAAUAUCUAAGUUAGAAAUAAAUUCAAAUAAAGUACCGACCGUAGAAAAGACUGUUGUUGGAAGAAAGAGAAGUAAAACUAUACAAGUGCCGACUGUGUCAAGCGCAUUAAACGAAAUGAUGAACACAUCAAGGCUGCCCCAGCCUAAGGUGAAAUUAAUUGAAGGCUUAUCGAAGCCUUUAGAAAGUGAAAAGGGUUUAAGAAUGAUGCGUUGUAUGGGAUGGGAUGGCGGUGCUUUAGGGACGCGGGAGGGAGGGAUAACCGAACCGAUAAUGCCGGCUUUACAUCUCACAGCCAAAGCUGGCCUCGGCCACGUCGGUACCCACAAAGUCGUGAAGGUCAAAAAUAGCCAGGAAUAUCGCGUACACGUCUUAGAAAAUAUACUAAAUCUAUUGAAUAGUAGUUCAACGGAAUUGGUGAUUGACUUCUGUGACCAAUUGAACAAAAAGGAGAUAAAUUUCCUUGGUAAUGUCGGUCGUGCAUUGAAGAGCGGAAAACGUAUCGGAGUCAAUAGUAAGAGUGAGGAAAAGCUGAAUAAGAAAAUUUCAGCUUUUUUGUCCUCGAAACGAGAUUUGAUGGUCGAUGUACAGGUUGUUAAUAAAAGACAAGUUAAAUUAGAAAAGAAAUCAAUUUUAAACGUACACAACGAAACAAAACGAAAGCAAAGUGCUUUUGUAUUAGAAAAACCUCUUGAAAACACCAAUAGUUUACCAAAUGCUGGUAAAGAAAAAGCGAAUAAAGCUGUUCGCGGAGAACCUGCAUAUCUAACAAAUGAAGAGAUACUUUCUCUGUUAGAUCUGAAAGAGCAGGUGAAAAUCUCAAAGAAAUCUCUGAAUAAACUUAAGAUACGCUUGUUUAUAAUAAAGUCGUUCAUGGACUUUUUGAAAAGUGACUCUGAUACUGUGACCUUGAAUUGUCAAUUGUCGUCACCUAUGAGGAAAUAUAUACAUGGAUUGUGCUCAGCCAUAAAUAGCAGAACAGAACACAAAUUUCGUUUCAGUAUUGAGACGUUUGUUUGGUUGGAUAUAGUGCAGUAUUUGAAGGGGAGAGACCUUUAUGUCAUGGUCCAAAUGGAUUCUAGGUCCUUUGGUUUGAAUAAAAUAUCAAAAAGCAGUCCAAACUUCACGACUUAUGAAAAUCAUGAAGAGUCCUCUGGAAGCAGUGACACCAGUUUCUCAAGUGUACAAAGUUCUAAAGAUAGCGAGGAACAAAAAAAUCAACAAAGUGAUGUUGAAAAUAUAUUUUAUUUUGGUAAUAAUAUAAAUAAUGUGUCCAAUAAUAUGUCUGAAAAUUCUAAAUUUAAAAUAGAUGACAACACAAACAGCUCGGUGAUAAACGUGAGAAUUAUUCAACGAAUCGGCAAACCGAUGACAAUUGACACGGUUAAGGAAAUUCAAACUCGAAUUUCGAACGCGAUUGUCUCCCCGCCAUUUCCAAUGUUGAAAUGUCACGGUGUCAAAAGUGACAGUUUGAUCUACAGUUGUUAUGACAGAAGCAGUUUCGAAUUCUUAAAGGAGGUUUUAAAAGAUUUUCAAAUUGUCGAGUACGAGAUCAGUAGCCUUUUCAAAAUGGCGGCUACAUUCAAAUCUAACGCGUCGUUAUCAAAAGUGUUAAACUGGUUACAGUUAUAUCAUAAUUUGGAUGUUUUCAGUUGGGAUAUCUUAAGUACCUCAAUAAACAGUAAUUUAAGUUUUACGGUGUCUAUGGAUUUUGAUUCUUUUCAGUACAUUUGUAUGAAAAAAUUUACAUUGCUUGCGGGUGUUGACGAGUUAACAUUUGAGAUCAUUAUAUAG